AUACCUCUGCUUAACAACAGUUUUCUCUGUACAUUUUGUCCUCCAGAUGGUCCAAAGCUUCCCUCUGUGUCAGUGAGUCCCUCUGCUGAGAUAGUGGAGGGCAGUUCAGUGAAUCUGACCUGUAGCAGUGAUGCUAACCCAGCAGCUAACUACACCUGGUACAAGGAGAACCAAACACUGCCUCAUGGACAACAAGGCAUCUACCAUUUCACCUCCAUCAGCUCUGAGGACAGAGGGAACUACUACUGCAAGUCUGAGAAUCAGCACGGACACAUCAACUCUACAUCUCUAUUUAUAGAUGUCCAGUAUGGUCCAAAGCUUCCCUCUGUGUCAGUGAGUCCCUCUGCUGAGAUAGUGGAGGGCAGUUCAGUGAAUCUGACCUGUAGCAGUGAUGCUAACCCAGCAGCUAAAUACACCUGGUACAAGGAGAAUGAAGACUCACCAAAAGCAUCAGGACAGAUCUUCACCAUCACUGAUGUUAGACCUGAACACAGUGGGAAUUAUUACUGUGAAGCCCAGAACAGAAGAGGACGUCAGAGCUCCACCUUACAUCAGAUUUUUGUAGCAGGUUCUAUGAAAUCAGUAGCUGCUGGAUCCAUCACUGCUAUUUUCCUGGCUAUCAUAUUCCUCUGUGCCUUCCUAUUUAUUAGAAGAAAGAGGUCCUCGAAACGAACCACGGAGCCUGGAGAGAGACCAGACAACCAAGCUCAGGGUUCAGUGUAUGACAGCCCUUCAGCUCCAGUCCAGAGAACUCCAGCAGAGCAGCAGGACGACCAUUGCUAUGCCAGCGUGAGCUUCUCUAAAAACCAGGAAGAAGCUCUCUACUCCAACAUCAGGCUAGUUCAGCCCCACAGACACAAGGAGGAAGAGGAGGACGAGGAUGUGGAGUACACUGCUGUCAACUUUAAGAGUUCCAGUUCUACCACAGAAUCAGGAAAUCAAAAGGCUGUGGAGGAUUUAUCUGAACUGUACAGCACAGUCAGCAAACACCCAAGAGUUUGAACACAACACAAAUCUGUGGUCUCUUUAAAGGGCCGGGUUGGUAAUGUUGAAAAACUAGCAAGAUUUGAAGGAAGCAUCUCCUCGGUGCUCCGUCUAACCCCUCCCCCUGCCCUCUGGGCUCCCCCCACACACAGACAUGCACCCCCGCCUCACUACUUUAGACAGUGUUCAAGCAGGUUAAACACACAUUUAUUCACAGUAUUAGGAUUAAGUUCAUAUACUGUAUUUUAUGCAUUUUUUGGGGUCAUUUAUCUAGUGUCAUCAGUCAACGGCUGGUAAGCUUGUAGAAUUUGCUUAAAAUGCAAUCAUUUACUGCCAGUGUUAGCGAAUCAUCUUGUCAAGUACAUUUCUCCGUAUAUAUUUCUUUAUCACAAGUUUUCUACUCAAUGCAGAAAAAUAUUACACGUUUUAGAAACUGGAAACGAUCCAAACAGUUCUGUUGAUCAACUGAGUGUUUAGUCAGCUAUUUAUUUCAGCUGGACUUGUAGGCCUGUAUAUUGUUAGGUAGUUUCAUUUAUAAUAAAACAUUGUAUUUUUUAAACUA